UCGCAAGUUUAAAAUGCAAAAAGCUCAUUUCUUUCCCACCCAGAAUAGGUGAUCGGUGCUACGCGUCCAAACUCCGGCGAUCGAUGCUGCGAUUCUGCGAUUCCAGGCCACCGGGCGUUCUAGACAAGUCGGUGAUGUUGCGAUGUCACCGCAUGAGAGCGGAUUCGAUGCACACUCUCCCUCACUCUUUCACUCGCAGAAAGAGAGAGAGAGAGAGACCCAUAUCACAGAGAGUAGAAUAUCACGUUCACCGGCCACUGCGACAAGAGUCGCAUAUAUCGUAACAGUGGCUGGCUCGUUUCCUCGUCUAGAUUCUCAGUGUCUUGGCGUAGAACUCGCAGCUAUGUCGUUUAUUGACACUGGAAGCUCGAUAUUCGUUAUAUCUGUCUGCUUACGAGGUCUCAGUUACUGUUUCACUUUGUGAGGUCUGGGCUCUGGCAAUGAAGUGAGAGUUUGUGGUAGGAUUCGGGGGGUGGAAGCGUGUCAUGUUACUUUGUUGUCAAGUUUGGAAGUUGAGAAGAAGAGUUGGCUGAAGGGACUGCAAUGGGUAUGUGUGCCGUGCGUGGUCCACUGGUGAUGAGGUCAGCUGAAGAGGACGGAGAGGCGACUCCGAGAAGCACGAUGAGCACGAGUAGUUGUGCUAGUGGUUUGUCGCAGGAGCUGGAAGCAGCCGAAGUGGUGGACCAUUAUGAUCGAGACGGUAAUGGUGCUCUGUGGCAGCGAACAAUUCCCAAAGGUAGGCGCUGUCGGCCGCUCUCCUUCUCAGGGAUUAUCACGUAUGACGAGUCGGGGAAUCGGCUUCCGUCUCGGAUUCUAGAGGAAGCCCAUGGAGAGGGGCUCGAUUGAUUUGCCUUGGCUGACGAUAACGUCUUAGCCACAGAAGAGAGGAAUAAACAAAGCUUCAACCUCAUGUUGGAAGCUGAAACGUGAUUGACAGGAGCCGAUGACAGCUCCUGUGUUUCUGCUUGGGGCCACACAACCAUCCGAAAUUACUAUACCGACCAGUUAGUAGUUGAGACUUGCAAUCCUGAUUCAUGUGUUGCAGCUAGAGCUAGACGAGAAGCCGGAACUUUUCACUUUGGGAGAGUACCUGGAGAUUGGACUUGGAGCAUCCACUUUAUCCAAUUUGAUUUUAACACUCGUUAUGUUGCGCAGCUAGCAGGUUUUGCAUUAGUCUAAAUCACUUGCUUAGGGAUUAGAUGCAUCAGUGCUGCUGGAUACAAGCCAGUUUGUCACAUAUUCGAUAAAUGUAGAAAUGUAAACUUUAUUCCGCAGCCAGAACCGUCAUUGUAGCACUUCGAGUAGCUUCGGAGAAGCUGAGUGGACGGAGUGCACCCCUAACACUUUUUUGGACACGGGUGUAAAAAUUACAUAGGUGCGCAGAUUGAGCUUUGUGUGCGACAUCAGAUAGAGAUUAAUGUUUGUUCAGAUUGUUGUCUUCAUUCCAGCGUUGAAGCCAAACACACUCUCAAUCAUAUACGUAUUACUGCCUCACAA